AUGAGCGACUCAGUCGACGUGCGCUCUACUGAUGUGAUUGCCGACUUGGUAGUUCAUUACCUCAGUCUCUUGAGACAUGAUAUUAUUCCACCUUUACUAUCUUUGUUCUACCUACUUUGCACAGGUUCUCUGUUUUUCGAUGUCAUUCAUCAUAUGCUCCACCGAUGCAACAAAUCAUCUCAUCCUUUUCUUCAACACCUAUCACGGGUCCACCGUUUCCACCACCUCUAUUUCACACGGCACAUGAAGUUCGACAAAAAGUAUCUUCAGCAGAAUCGAUUUCAAGCCUUACCGCUUGAGUUGGUACUUCAAAUCCUUGGAACUGCACUGGGGUAUAUCUUUGCCAGUUUGGUGACGCCCAAGGGCCUCCUGUGGACCACAAGGAAUCACCUUUGGUCUACGGUUAGCUUCCAAAUUCUGAGAACCACUUUUGUGAUCCUUAAAAGUGGCCGCGACUCAAACCAUGUCACCUACGAAACGCCCCCGAAGGACCCCAACUGGAUAUUUGUGGGCCCAGAGUUUCACUCGCUCCAUCAUGUCUACCCGGAUCGUUACAUUGGUUCCUUCAUUAAAGCCUUCGACUGGAUUUGGGGCACUGCCUACUCCUUCAAACGCAAGCGCUUUGCGAUCACCGGGGGAAGCGGAGCAUUUGGUCAAGCAAUUGUGACAGAGCUCGAGCGUGAGGAAGGGGUAGGCUGCAUUCGCAAGUUGAAAUUUGGUACUGAUUGGGAUCACUAUCACUUUGAAAAAGCACUCCCAGUGCUUUCUAACUCUGACAUUUUAAUCCUGACUCACGGCUCUAAAGGCCAGGACGCAGUUGAAUCGAAUUGCAAUUCAGCUAUUCGACUUGUCAAAUUAUUCAAGAAGCACAGAGCGGCCAACUCCGCCUACCCGACGCUCCCGGAAGUAUGGUACGUUGGCAGCGAGAUUGAGCUUCAUCCAGCCUGGGGAAACAUACAUCUACAACGUUACUCUCAGUCGAAACGAAUGUUCCUGCCGCAGGCUCGUUCCUUUUUUGAUGACCCUGAUAUAAUUUACCGCCAUAUCGUUCCAUCCGCAUUUCAGUCAUCCAUGGGGACUUCCGUAUUUCCUGCAGUCUGGGCAGCUAAGUGUGCAAUCUGGUGGAUCCGACGAGGUGCUAGAUAUAUUCCCGUCACAUAUACGGGAAUUGCGUGGUUGAACUAUUUCAAAUUUAUGUAUUGUAUUCCUUACGCUGAGGAUGCGGAUCAAAUGUAA